AUGUCUCGCUCAUACAGCAGAACAAGAUCUAUUCAAUAUCCUAAUGAAUAUGAAUCAGUCAGUCAUACACCCAAACGUAAUCGGAAGGAAACACCUGAUUUUAAUAUUGGUAUUGAUCAACAUCCGUCUAAGUUAAGUGAUAAUAGACAAGAAACUGCAAAAAUUUCAACAGCAGUAACAACAGCAUCUUAUUUUAAUAUUAAUGACGAUAAUACUGCAUUUGAUGUUGAACCAUAUUUACCACCAACUCGAAUACUACGAUAUUACAAUUGUCAAGUUUAUGAUGAUCAUAUUGCAGCUCAUUGUCCAAACAAAGAUAAUCCAGUUUGCUUCAGAUGCGCUCAACAUCAUCCUCAUAAUCCAAAUUGUAAUAAUGUUAUUAAAUGUGCUCACUGCCAAGGUGAUCAGAUCUGGCAAUACAAAAGAGUACUUGUUCAACAUUAA